AUGGCCCAGUGUCUGCUCGGAAAGCACCCGCUCCAACAAGUCUCGAGUCCUUCCAGAGGAUUCUCGGCCCUGGUUCAUUUCGUGGGCCUAAGUUGCUUCAUCUGGUCUUUCAAAUUUAAUGAGGCAUAUGGCUGGCAUUUCCAAUACCUGACGGUCAUUGGAUUAUCCCUGUCGACUCUGACCUUUGCUGUUGGCCUGUUGGCAGAUGUAACCUUAUCGACUCGCCUAUUCCUGGUCAAAAACCUUUUCUCUAUUUGCAGUACUCCCAUGGAAGUGCUCAUCAGCAUUCUUUAUUGGAGUCUUCACAUAAUUGAUAGGCGUCUGGUUGUUCCUAGUUGGGCUGUGCUCCCUGUGCAUGCUGAUGUCAGCUUCCAUGCCAUCCCCUCCGUGGUUCUCCUGAUCGAUCUCCUUCUUCUGUCUCCUCCAUGGACUAUAACCGUCUUGCCUGCUCUAGGAUUGUCCGGCACAAUUGCAUUUGGUUAUUGGAUCUGGAUUGAACGAUGCUUUGCUUUUAAUGGGUGGUAUCCUUAUCCCAUUUUUGAACAGGUUCCAUUUGAAGGCCGCAUUGGACUCUUUGUGCUGAGCGCCUUAGUAAUGGCUCUGAGCACUAUAAUGCUCAAGUGGGUCUACGGUCGCGUGAAUGGCUUUGAAACCUCUAUUUCUCCAAAGGCACGCUCUGGGGCUGUCAGGCAGAACGGCAGCCUUUAG